AAAAGUGAAGCACUGUGAUACUUUCCGGAUGCAUUGUAUAUAUAAGUUUGUAUAAAUUUCUAAUCUGUCUAUUUAGCAUUAUUUAUUUAAUAUAUAAUCAUAAAAGAGAUAGAGAAUAUAAAUUACUUUUCAUGUAUGAAUUUUAUUGUGUAUCGAAUAUAUAAUUAUUUCUAAAUACUUUCAUAGAAAACAAUAUUUACACUUACAUUUAUUCAUUUGGCAGACGCUUUUAUCCAAAGCGACUUACAAGAGAGAUAUAAACGUGUGUGUGUGUAUACACACAUUAUUUAUAUAUAUAUAUAUAUAUAUAUAUAUAUAUAUAUAUAUAUAUAUAUAUAUAUGAGAGAGAGAGAGAGAGAGACAGAUAUAUACAUAUAUAAGUUUGUAUACAUUUCUAAUCUGUCUAUCCAUCCAUCAUCUGUCUAUCUAUACUGGUCCCUUUCUAUUUUCUUAUAUUGCUCUAUACUUUCAAAGAUUAGAAGUUAUGUCAGUUAUGUUAUACAAUACUGUACGUCAUUGCAAAAUUCGCUCUUGUGUCGGUCAUGCAUCAUCAUGUAACAAUAACAGAAAAGUUGUUUCAAAAGCUGUAGAAUAAGACAUGCCCUGACAUUUCCUUAAUCUUACACAAGCUCCAUAAAAGGUCACCCAAGUAAACGAGAAGUUCUUCGCAACUUGUUAUUAAUUAAAAAUGACAUCUAUAAGAAGAUGGACAUCAAAUAAUGUAGAAUGAAUAAAAAAGGAAAGACAAUUCUCUAAAUGCUCUUAUACAUGUUUUAAGAAAAUAAUAUUAAUGAUUGUAUGGAUAUUAUUUGAUGAAGUGAAAUGUUUUAUGCAACAUGCAGCAUAAAACCAAAAGAAUUGCAUGAUCUCUGAACUACUUCACUGAUGUAACAUCUACUGGUUCGAUGUUCAUUCUCAAGACCUUUCAGUGUUUGAUUGGAGGGCCUUCAGAAGAGCUGUUACCAAACAAAACCUGAUUGGAGAAGUUCACUGCCACUCCUUGAGCAAACUCUCAUUGUGUAAAUGCAUAACAGUAUUAAAGUGGAGCUCACAUGGCUCACAAGAAGCGAGCGUGGAAUUUUCAAGCUCAGUGCAUUGAGAAGCCGAAUAAAGAUGCCUGGAUCUCCACUGUAAUAGAGAAGCUGCUGAAGGGGAGAAGGGGGAGAGAGAAGAGGGGGCAGCAAGAGAAAGUCCAGUCUGAAAUUGAUCUGGUGAUAGGACAGACACGACAACCAUCCUUGGACGACAGGAUGCACAUGCCGUACACCUAUGCUGUGAUCCAUGCGAUUCAGAGGUUUGCAAACAUCGUGCCCUUUACACCUCCAAGAGUGGCCAACAAGGACACCACAGUGGCAGGAUGUCUCAUUCCCAAGGGUGUAAUGGUGAUGCCCAUGUUAAAGCCAAUCCUGCAGGACAAGAUUGAGUACAUCACUCCACAUGAAUUCAACCCUGCAUACUUUCUGGAUGAAAAUGGCAAAUUUUUGAAUAAGGAUAAUUUCAUCCCUUUUUCGAUAGGUACAGUAUGUCAUCACAAAGGAUAUCUAAUAUUGCCCAUUUACUGUAAUGUAUAUUAGAGGUCUGCACAACCAAGAAGCCUGAACUCAAGUCAUAAAAGAUAUCCUCGAUGUGUGUUAAACCUAAAAAAUGUGGUCUUUGUUGGCAGAAUACAGACACACUGUAGGUAUGCAUCAAAUUCAGUGUUUGUGUAACAUCCUGCCUACAGAGAAGCUUAAAUGUGGUCAGUUUUUGAAGGCAGAAGAUGUAUCCAUCUCUGCCAAUGCAACAUGAUCGCAUGGGAAAUCGUUGUGUUAGUUUCUGAAUUUUUCCACCAAGACUUAGACCCAAAUGUUCCGAAUUCCAAAUAUGCUGCCAAUGUUCAUGCCCUGAAAACUGACCACUGUUUUGGUCUCAGUACUUUUACCGUUAGGUUUAGAGUUUAUGUUAGGACUAUAUUCAUAAUUUUUACUCAAAUGUUGCAGAAAAUCGGACAUGCUGUAUCUUUCACAUCACAUCCUGGAACUGUAGUUCCAGCUUCGGCCAUUAAUGGGCAAGAAAGACAUUUAUAAAAGUAUAGACCGAUUGUAACAGACAAAACCUGCAAACUCUUGUCGCCAAUUUAACUGUGAGAUCAGACUGGCCAGAGACUGUUUAGCUCGAGACGGAGCACUUGUAUUAAAAUGAAUGGGAGAAACUGGAACGCCCAUUAUGGCUGUAGUAGAAAAGGAAGUCGUAAAAGAGUAAAUCUGCUUUAAGAUACAGAGAUUGCCUCGAGAAUGCGGAUGUGCAUUAUUACAAAAAUAUAUAUUUUUAUUGUGAUCUGAGCUAAAGAAGUACAAUUUAUGAUACCGUUGAAUACUUUUAAAUACUCCUCCUAGGUGAUUCAUGAGACUGUCACCACAUGUAGACAACAUUAUGCCAAGACAUCGAAGAUGCUAAAUUGCGAACAUAUUUUUAAAUAUCAAACGGUGUUGCCAUGGCGAUGCACUUAAUUAAUGGCAAAAAAUAAGGAAACAGGAAGUGUCUUAUAUCUUCUGCAUGCACUGUGUGAUUUACAUCAAAAUUGAGUUGUAUGUUUUUUUGGGGGGGCUAUUCACAUGGAUGUGGCUAUUUUGGGCCAUGGUCAUAGUGCUACCAACUGGCAGCAGAUAGUGUGGCACUUACAACAGACUUUGAAAUAGUCCUCAUAUAUUUACCCAAAUUAUUUAGAAUAAUGGCAAAUGGCAAAUGCAUGUGCCUUGCAUUAUUUUCCGAAAGCCACAAGGUGGAAAUGGACCCAUGGUGCUUGGGCCCAUCAUCCCUGCUUGCAGCUAUAUUUGUUUUUAGUAUUUUUCAGAGUCGUCUUGUGUUAUGCAAUGAAAGUGAAUGGUGACUGAGAUUAACGUUUUGCCUCACACCUUCUUUUGUGUUCCAGGGACAAAAAGAAAGUCAUAUGGGUUUGGGUGAUUAAAUUAUAUAUUGUAA